UUUGGCAGCCGAACGAGAGUCAGAUUUGGUCAAUCAAUGGUCAAAUAAAACUUUACCUCCUAACGCCGCACAAAUCUGGGCUUUAUACACCGUUGGUCCUAGUGUCAUACUGAAUACAAAUCAUUAUGUUUAAUUUUCAAUCUUUGACGUAUUUGAAAACGUCCUUUUUUCUUCUCAACAUACUGUAUACAUAUUCUAAUUAUGCCGAUGGAGAACACUUGGACCUAAGCGGAAAGUGGAAAUUACAAAAUCACAAUGGGAGUAUAAUUGUUAAGGAAGCCUUGAUUCCUGGUUACGUUCAUACUGCUCUUUUUAAGGCUAAAGUCAUUGAUGAUCCGUAUUUCCGAAAUAAUGAUGAGUUAUACCGAUGGAUUGAUUAUGACGACUGGACAUAUUCAAGAACAUUCUAUGUGAAAAAUACAUUGUUGAGUAAGACAAGUAUACUGCUUGUCUGCGAAGGAUUGGACACUUUUGCUGAUGUUUAUAUUAAUGAUGUCCCAGUUGGGCUUAGUACCAACAUGUUUCAAAGAUAUAUAUGGAGUAUAAAGGAGGCAUUAAAACCUGGUAGUAAUACAAUAACUGUUAAAUUCACUUCUGCUGUAACAUACAGUGCUAAUAGGAGUGAACAAUAUAAUUACACAAUUCCACCUGAUUGUCCUCCACCUGUGCAGCAUGGGGAAUGUCAUGUCAAUCUAAUAAGGAAAAAACAAUGUUCUUUCAGUUGGGAUUGGGGACCAGCAUUUGCAAGUCAAGGAAUAUGGAAAAAUAUUUCUAUCCAAGCUUUUGACAGUGUGUUAAUUAAAGAUAUCUUAGUCGACACAACCAAAGCAAAUACCAGUGGCGAAUCAUGGUAUUUAAAGGUGACGGUGAUCACUGAUUGUGAAUCAGAAGGAAGCAUGGGUAUUAUGGUUGCAACACUACCUCAUUUUGGUGUUACCAGUGAGGCUAUGCUUCAUUGUAAGAUGCCUGGUGAAACUCAGAUAUCUUUACCAACCAUAACUCUGUUGAAUGAUAAGCAUGAUGUAAAGACAUGGUGGCCCAGAGGUUAUGGAACCCAGUCCCUUUACAUUCUUACUGUAACUUAUCGAGAUGCGCAGUCGUCUGAAAUUUCCAAUAAAACUGUACGGAUUGGUUUCCGGGAAGUUCAGCUUGUUCAGGAAAAAAUACCUGGAGGUCUCAGUUUCUAUUAUAAAGUCAAUGAUGUUGCCAUGUUUAUGAAAGGCGCAAACUGGAUACCAGCAGAUGCAUUUGAAGAUCGAGUCAGUGAUGACAUCAUACGCAAUAUAUUGCAGUCAUCUGUGGAUGCCAACAUGAAUAUUGUAAGAAACUGGGGCGGUGGAAUAUACCAGCAUGACUCAUUUUACAAUAUUGCUGAUGAACUGGGUUUACUGAUAUGGCAAGAAUUCAUGUUUGCAUGUGAUUAUUACCCUGCAGACGAAGCUUUCUUGAAUUCUGUUCGAAAAGAAGUUACGCAUCAGAUACAAAGAUUGCAGUACCAUCCUUCCGUUCUGGUCUGGAGUGGAAAUAAUGAGAUAGAAUCAAGUGUUUCACAAAAUUGGUAUGGGGUGAAGAAUCUCACGUUCUAUAAAGAAAGUUACAUCAAGCUUUUUAUUGAUACGAUAAGAAGCACCGUGUUAGGACUUGAUAACACCCGUCCUUUUGUCUCGUCAUCACCAUCAAAUGGUUUACAAACAGAGAAAGAAGGAUGGAUUUCCAGCAAUCCAAACAGUGAUUUUUAUGGGGAUGUCCAUUACUACAAUUACACAAUGGAUUGCCUGGACAUCCGGGGAUAUCCUCAACCAAGAUUUGCUUCAGAGUACGGUCUUCAAUCUUUGCCUCAGUUUCAGACGCUUUCCAGCGUUACCGUGAAGGAAGAUUGGUCAUAUUUUAGCCCAAUCAUGAUGCACAGACAACAUCAUGGCUCAGGAAACGAGGAAAUGUUAAACGAAAUUAAGAUGCAUUUUAGAAUUCCAAAUUCAACGGAACCUGUGAAACAAUUUAAGGACGUGUUAUACCUUACUCAGGCUUCACAAGCUAUUUGUAUAAAAUCGGAAUCUGAACAUUACCGACGACUUCGAAGUGUCUUGAAUGAGGGUCGUGGUCAUACAAUGGGAGCUAUUUAUUGGCAGCUGAACAGUAUUUGGCCAGCUCCAACUUGGUCAUCAUUGGAAUAUGGAGGAAGAUGGAAGAUGUUGCAUUACUACGCUAAAGAAUUCUUCUCGCCAAUUAUUAUUUCACCUUUCGAGUUCAAUAAUACUUUGUAUAUCUUUGCCGUUUCCGAUCUACUCGAGGAUAAUGAAUUAAAGUUAACGAUAAGUAUUUGGUCGUGGCGAAUAUUGGAAGAACCACUCAGGACUAUCACAAUGAGCAUUAAAGUACCAAAACAGUCAUCUGUAAAAGUAUGGCAAAAAGAUGUUGAUGCUUUGUUAGGUUCAAGUAGCUGUAAAGACCGAAGUCAAUGUGUAUUAACUCUUUCCACGUACCCUGAAACGGCAAACACACCUGACAUUCCAACCAACGUGUUUUAUUUUUCUUCGCUUGCAAAUGUACAAUUGCUUGAUCCGAACCAUAAGAUUUUAACAAUUUCAUUCGUCCCGUCACGUAAUGAAUUUCUAAUAACGAUUAAAUCGACUGCACUCGCACCAUUCGUUUGGCUGGACUGUGGAAACAUACUUGGUCGCUUCUCUGACAAUGGAUUUCUUGUUACACAAGAGAUUACACAAGUUUCUUUCUAUUGUUGGCAACCUUCAAUCUCCGUGGAUGACCUGAGGAAAGAAUUAACCGUUUCAUCUUUACAUGAUAUCUAUGUUGAUGCUGAAGAUAGUGUGAAAAUAUGAUUACCAUAAACUUUUUGCAUGCAGUGAUUUUGAAAAAAAAAACUGAAAUUGGCAAUCACUGAAUAAGAGAAACAAUGACUAAAUGAAAGAGAAAUCAGCGAGACCGUGUCUAUGUACUAUAAUUUUAUAAAAAAAAUAUUAAUAUAAUACAUGCAGUUGCCUGGCCGUCCCAUUUCAUUUCUAUCAAGAUGUUUUCCGCACAUUGAAUGCUAAUGAAGCUUGACUAGCAUGCAAUAGGUAUACUAUUGUAAGCUGUUCUCUCGAAAAACUACUAAUUUCUAUGUUUACUGCAUGUUUAUCAUCUACCAAUCGUGUGGUUAUCAGG